UAUGAUCACGUGGGCCGCGCGACCAAUGGUGGAGGCUGCAGCCUGCGAACUAGUCGGCGGCUCGGGCGCCGGCGGGGAGCGGCGCGGCGGCGGGCAGUGUAACCUUGGGUGGGAGCGCACGGUGCUUCAAAAUGUCCUCCAGUGGCACCCUCAGCAACUACUACGUGGACUCGCUCAUAGGACAUGAGGGCGACGAGGUGUUCGUUGCGCGCUUCGGACCUCCUGGGCCCGGCGCGCAGGGCAGGCCCGCAGGUGUGGCCGACAGCCCGGCCGCCGCCGCCACGGAGUUUGCCUCGUGUAGUUUUGCCCCCAAAUCGGCCGUGUUCUCUGCCUCGUGGUCCGCGGUGCCCUCCCAGCCCCCGGCGGCGGCGGCGAUGAGCGGCCUCUACCACCCAUACGUGCCCCCGCCGCCCCUGGCUGCCGCAGCCUCUGAGCCCAGCCGCUACAUGCGCUCCUGGAUGGAACCACUGCCCGGCUUCCCAGGCGGCGCAGGCGGCGGCGGCGGCAGUGGAGGCGGCGGUGGCCAGGGCCCUGGUCCCAGCCCUGGCUCCAGCGGCCCACCCAACAGGCGCCACUACGGGAUUAAGCCUGAAACCGGAGCGGCCCCGACCCCCGCCGCCGCCACCGCCGCCACCUCCACCUCCUCCUCCACUUCCUCGUCUUCCUCCUCCAAACAGACUGAGUGCUCCGCGGCCCGGGAGUCCCAGGGGAGCGGCGGCCCCGAGUUCUCGUGCAACUCGUUCCUACGGGACAAGGCGGCAGCGGCAACUGGGGGAACCCGGCCUGGGGCAGGGAUCGGGGCUGGGGCUGGGGCCGGGACAGGCGGCUCGUCGGAGCCCUCGGCUUGCAGCGACCACCCGAGCCCCGGCUGCCCGCUGAAGGAGGAGGAGAAGCAGCAUCCGCAGCCACCACAGCAGCAACUUGACCCAAACAACCCCGCAGCAAACUGGAUCCACGCUCGCUCCACCCGGAAAAAGCGCUGUCCCUAUACCAAAUACCAGACGCUGGAGCUGGAGAAAGAAUUCCUCUUCAACAUGUACCUCACCCGGGACCGGCGCUACGAGGUGGCAAGAAUUCUGAAUCUCACAGAGAGACAAGUCAAAAUCUGGUUCCAGAAUCGUAGGAUGAAAAUGAAAAAGAUGAGCAAGGAGAAAUGUCCCAAAGGAGACUGACCCGGCACGGCGCCGGCGGGACCGCUCUGUUUUGCAAAGGCAGUGGGUUUUUUUCUUUGUGGGUGCUUGAUUUCCAGAAACUCUCCGGGAUACGGACAUUUCACACACACACACACACACACACCCCUUUUUAGGUAGAAGUGACUGUGUGGUUGGUCUCUGUGAGGUAUUUGGGGGACUCUAUAUUUGCUCGCUUAUGUGUUGGAGAAACCAAGUGGCUUUGGGGUUUUGCCCUGUCCCGUGCCCUCCCUUUCCUGCCCCAUUCGUUCCUUAGGAAAUGCUGUAUUUUGUGAGUGCACGCUGGCUCGAGCAGCCCUCUCCUUUGUAAAUGUCUUCCAUGUUUCUGAAAAGUGCUGUAGUUUUGUCCUCAGCGCUGCUCAAGCAGGGCCACGCGAGCCCCACUUCCGAGAAUGACGGCAGAGCGACGGCAGUGCGGAGACUUGCCGAGGCCCGGCCGGGUAGCCCACCGGUUAUGAAAGCCCCCUUUCCUCAGGAAGCCCGCGGCCCUCGACUGAGACCUGGAAGGAGACAGAAAGAGGAGCCCAGGGCCUCCGGUGUGGCGGGGUGGGGAUUAUUCAGUGCACUGGAGGAGCCGCUGCCCCCGGGAGGGCUCGCCUCGCGUGGGCUGCCGCGGGUGUAGGCCCGCCGGGUUCCUGCCUGAGGACCAGUUGUAAAUGUUACCGCUUCCUACCAAUAAAU